AUGGACAUUUACGUCCCGCGUGGCGGUGAAGGCCAGGGCAAGCCACACGGCAUCGCGCUGUUCGUGCACGGAGGCGUCUGGUCCACGGGCGAGGCGUGGCACUACGCACCGAUGGCGAAACAGCUCGCGGACGCGGGCAUCGUGACGUGCGUGAUGACCUACACACUGUAUCCAGAGGCGCUAGUGCCCGAAAUGGUGCGGGAGGUGGAGCGCGCGCUGGACUACGUAAUGGACCACGCGGAGAAGUAUGGCGCCGACAGAGGCCGGGUCUCGCUCGUCGGACACUCCGCGGGGGCGCAGCUCUGCACGAUGGCGCUCAUCUCGAGGGCCCGGCAGCGCGCGAAGACCAAGAGGGACGCCCCCAUGCCAGCACAGCUUGUGUCGCUCUGCGGCGUGUUCGACAUCGGCAGGCACUACAUUUACGAAGAGGCGCGUGGGGUCGAGACACUCAGCACGAUGCAUCGCGCGGUGGGAGGCGUCAUCGAAGACCCGUCAGUGUGGAGCGAGGCGACGCGUGAGAAGCACCACAGCCAGUCCCCGGCAGCAAUCCUGUCGGAUCUGAAGCCCGACGAGCACGACUGGCUGCAGUACAUGCCGCCCGUGUACUUGGCGAGCAGCUUCGCGGACGACGUGGUGCCGAUGUACGAGACGAUCGACAUGCACAUGCAGCUGAGAAGCAAAAACGUCCCCGCGGAGCUCCUCUGCUACAACAAAGUGGGCCACGCGGACUUCGUCACCGCGUGGCCGGGCAGCAAGCCGCCGUCGCGCCCGCCGCCGACCUUUGUCCGCGACCUUGUCGGCUUGCUGAGCAUGCGGGCAAAGCCCCACGGGCUGCGCGUGGGGCGCCGGGGUCUGCUGGAAUCAUGUGGGCGGUACCGCGUGCGACUGUGA